UUCAGUAACACUUCUUUUCUUCACUGCUUCUUAUUUCCGGUGAUGUGAUGAGAAGCUGCCGGGAUGGAGGCCUCCUUCACAUCAGCAGAAAAUCUCAGUAGGAACUCUGAAGAAAACUUCAUGUUAUCACAGAAUGAUAAAGUAGAAGAUGAAGAUCUCAUGCAGUGCUCGUCACGAGAAAACCUCAUUACCAGAAAUGUGCAUCCUGGACUUCAUAAUACAGAUCUGUCAUAUUAUACAGCUAAGUGUGAGGAACCUUCUCCUGAUCAAUCACAAAUUGGUGCCACAAGUACAGAUCAUAAAGAGGAAACAAGUUUUCAGUGCUGGGAAUGUGGCAAACAGUUUUCAUACCGCUCAGGUCUUCUUAUGCACAGAAGAAUUCACAUAGAACCGAAGCUGUACUCCUGUUCAGAAUGUGGGAAACGUUUCGCAGACAAACCAAGGCUUGUUGCCCAUGAAAAAAUUCACUCAAGUGAGAAGCCAUAUUCAUGUUCGGAAUGUGGGAAAUGUUUUGCCAAUCUAUCAACUCUUGUUAGACAUGAGAUAACUCACACAGGAGAGAAGCCAUAUUCAUGUUUAGAAUGUGGGAAAAGUUAUACAGAUAAAUCACAACUUGUUAACCAUGAGAGACUUCACAAAGGAGAGAGGCCGUAUUCAUGUUUAUUAUGUGGGCAACGUUUUAGCUAUAAAUCACACCUUGAUUAUCAUGAGAGCAGUCACACAGGAGAAAAGCCAUACCCAUGUUCUGAAUGUGAGAAAUGUUUUCCUAAUAAAGCACGACUUGCUAAACAUAAGAGAGUUCACACAGGAGAGAGGCCGUAUUCAUGUUCAGAAUGUGGGAAAUGCUUUGCAGUGAAAUCAGGUCUUUCUGCACAUCAGAGAAUUCACACAGGAGAAAAGCCAUACCCAUGUCCUGAAUGUGGAAAAUGUUUUCAUGUUAAAUCAAAACUUGCUAGCCAUAAGAGAGUUCAUACAGGAGAAAAGCCGUAUUCAUGUUCAGAAUGUGGGAAAUGUUUCUCAGAAAAAGCACCUCUUGUUAUACAUCAGAGAAUUCAUACAGGUGAGAAGCCAUAUUCAUGUUUAGAAUGUGGGAAAUGUUAUGCAAAUAAAUCAAGUCUUGUUACCCACGAGAAAACUCACACAGGAGAGAAGCCAUAUUCAUGUUUAGAAUGUGGGAAAAGUUACACAUAUAAAUCAGAUCUUAUUGUACAUGAGAGAACUCACACUGGAGAGAGGCCGUAUUCAUGUUUAGAAUGUGGGAAAAGUUACACAUAUAGAUCACUACUUCUUAACCAUGAGAGAGUUCACACAGGAGAGAGGCCGUAUUCAUGUUCAUUAUGUGGGAAACGUUUUAGAUAUAGAUCAAAUCUUAGUUAUCACAAGAGAAGUCACACAGAAGAAAAGUAAUACCCAUGUUCUGAAUAUGAGAAAUGUUUUCCUGUGUGAGAGUUAGGUUUUUAAAUAAAAUGUAUAAACCAUGUACUACUUAUAUUUGACCACUAGAGGGCAGCUAAAAAGCUAUGUAAGGGUGUGUUCACAUCACCGUUUUGAUUUCCGUUAUCAGACGGAUCCGUUUUUUUACACAACGGAAACGUCUGACUAACAGAAAGCAACUAAAGCGACAUUGUUCUUUUCCUUAUCAUCCACCAUGACGGCUACCAUAGAGAGAUUGACCCUUGUCCUCUAUAGGGGCAGGAACACAGAGUUUAAAAGGCCACCACCCACUCUCACCCUCAGUGUUUCCUGUCCCUAUGGAGCACCUAACACAGAGCACCUCCGGUGGGAAGUAUCGCUUUAAGAAGAAAAUAGUUCGGUACCUGUAUUGUGAGGUAUCGUUCCUAUCUCCCUCUGCCCUCCUGCGGUACAUUCCAACACUGGGCAGAGGUGUAGCACUUGAGGGAACUCAUCCCCGUUAUCAGGGGCCUGCUUUCCCUCCUCGACCCGGGGUCUCCAAUCCCUCCGUUGAGUAAGCGGCCCGCCAUAAGCACGGCACGCCGGCAUCCUUACCUGCCGCAGAUCCAGCGCUGUGGCAUAUCCGGGUGGGGGUGGAGCUAGGCAGCAGUGGAGAGCGCCCGCGAGCGCAUACGAAUGAUGUCAGACGCCGCUCGGCGCAUGUAAGAGCGGCACAUUCGAAUGAUUCUUGCCUCCACUGUGAGUCGUAUUCAGUUCCAGGAGAUGUCUGGUCCAGAUACCCCAGCAAGCCACAUGGAAUCGGCGGACCCUCCUUCGGCCACUCCAACAGUGAGUUACCCUGUGGGAGAUAAGAAACAAAUUGUUUCUUUCUGUGUGCCUUAUGCUUGUCUAAUGCAUAGUCGCUCCUCUCUUAUAGGGGGCUAAAGCUAAGAUCAAGGCCAGAAAGGCAAGAUGUGCUACUUGUGCUAAAAGGCUACAG